AUGGGGCCAGGGGGCUCCCCUGAAGGCAGCCAGAUACUAGAGCUCAGCUUGCCUUCCACGAGCCCAAAAAAAGACUCUGCCACUGGGCUCCAUGGAUGGACGGUAGGAUCUAGCACCACUCGUGCAGAAAAGAGGAAGCCCAACCUCUGCCUUCAGAAGACUAAGGUGCUGGUGUCCACAGCCAUCAAGCGUCACCAGCUGCUGUCUGAGCCAGGGCUGCUGAAGGCUGAGCCCACCCACAGGUACCACAUAUGGAGCCGGAUCCCGGCACUGAAUGCACUUGGAUACUGCCACCAGGAUGUGGUGGACCUGAAGCGCACGUGGGUAGACCCGUUUGCUGUUGUGUGGCACAAACUGGGUGAACUCCAGAAAAGUGCCUCAGCCCAGUCUGGCUACAGCCCUGGCUCUGGUAAGCUGCAGGCCCUGGCGCUCACACCCACGGAGCAGGUGGUAGUUAAGAUCCUUCUGUGCCAGGCCGUGCUCCCUGAGGGUUUCAGCCUGCGACUGCCCACAAGCAGCUCGCCUGCCAGGCCACCACUUCUGUCCUGUAGAAAGGUGGCCCCACCUUCACUGCCUCGCUGUACCUUCCUUCUAGGUGACCUGUUCUUGCUCUGUCUCCUCAUUGUCCCCACUACCACUGUAACCAUCUGGAAUGUUCUUAUUCCAUCAUUUUCUGCUCCAGUCACUUGCUCACCGGUCCAUCCAUCUGCUCACAAUACUUUCAAGAUCUGUGACACUUGUGACCGCCUGGCUAGCUUUCAGCUCUUCCUGACCCAGGUCUGGGCAGAACUGAGCUGA